UAAACAAGAGCGGCGACAGCUAAUCAGUAAUAAUAAGCGACUUUGCACAAUAAAUAUUUAUCAUUGACUUGCGGCCACCCCGCCACUUUCCACUGUGCUGAGAUAGCAAACGAUGACUAAGAACCAAAUUGGAGUGAAAAAACGAAAAAGUCCCCUUGUUGCAUACGUCGGGCUACGCUAAUAAAGUUAAUUAACUAAGAGGCAACUAUGUCGGACAUUGAUUGGAAUUUCACAUGGAAUUGGACACAGUAUUGUCCAACGGGCCUCAAGCCGUUCGCCAACGAUACAAACGAUCUGUUGCCCUGUUUCCAAGAAACAGUGCUCCAGCUGCCUGUUUAUACAAUUUUUGCAAUAAUAUCCGCCUACAAUUUCGGCGAUCAUCGACAUGAAAUCACUCGCAAUGCUCUCCAACUGCAAAUGUUGGCACUGCGCACCGGAUUUAGUAUUAUUUUGGCCUUGUUACCCGUAUUCAAGGUAUUUGCGUUCCAUCGCCAAGGCAUCGAUUUACAUGCCGCCGAUGUUCUAGUUGUCUGCGCCGAGUGCAUAAUGUGGAUAGUCCACUGUGGUUACUUGGUGACGGCACGUCAUUAUGGAACGCUGAGCCAUCGCGGGGGGCUGCUGAUCAACGUCUUGUGGCUGACAGUUGUGGUGCUGGACGGGAUUUGGUUGCGCACCAGCCUCCAGUUUGAGUGGUGGCCCUGGAGCCUUAUCACAUUGCUGUGUGAUUUGAGCUAUGGGGCCACAUUGGUGCCGCAUGGCAAUGCCGUACUAUCCUCCGCCGCCAUGGCUGUGAAUAGGGAGCAACGGGAACAGGAGGCACUGCUGACAAAUCGUUAUACCUACUUUGAUUUUGAUCUAAACGAGGCCGUGCUCGGUCACGCCCAGGACGAGGCCAGUUGGCCGUCACGUUUCGUCUUCCACUGGGUGCAGCCAUUGAUCAGCAAAGGAGUCGUCGGCAAAUUGCGCCGUAUCGAUGAUCUCUUCGAUCUGCCGGAUGCAUUGAAUAUCACCCGGUUAAGUGAUCGAAUGCAUUUGGCGUUGUCACAAACCCAGAGCUUAUUCCGUGCAUUGCACAAGUGCUUCGGAUUCGAGUUCUAUUUGAUUGGCCUGCUGCGUCUGGUGGCGGAUAUUAGCAGCUUUGCGGGUCCGCUGCUGCUGGGCGGAUUGCUGCAACAGGAUAGCAAUGCAGCGGAUAAUCCACAGGAUAAUCGUGCCUAUUAUUAUGCACUGGGUUUAUUUGGCAGCACUUUAUUGUCGGCUCUGUGUGGGUGUCAUUUCGAUUGGCGUAUGUCAAUGGUCAGCAUGAAGAUGCGCGCCGGCGUCGUCAAUAGCAUAUAUCGCAAGGCACUUGAGGCACGCGGCGUUCGUGAAACCCGACCAGAAGUGGCCAACUUAAUGUCCACAGAUGCCGAUCGCAUUGUCCACUCGUGCAUCAGUUUUCAUUCCUUUUGGAGCAUACCCUUCAAACUGUUUGUCACGCUGUAUCUGCUCUAUGUCCAGUUGGGUGUGGCAUUUUUGGCUGGCGUUGCAUUCGCUGCCCUGCUGAUACCCAUCAAUCGUUGGCUAGCCAAACGCAUUGGCGUCUAUUCGCUGGGCUUGAUGACAGCGAAAGAUGCCCGCUUGUCGGCCACCACGGAAACAAUGCGUGGCGCCAAACAGAUCAAAAUGAAUGCCUGGGAGCCAAUAUUCAUCACGAAAAUCCGCCAGUUGCGUCAAACGGAACUCAAAUUUCUGUCGAAGCGCAAGUAUCUGGAUGCAAUGUGUGUUUAUUUCUGGGCAACGACUCCAGUCCUCAUGUGCCUGCUCACCUUUGGCAUGUGUGUGCUGCUGGGCAAACCUUUGGUGGCCUCGACAACAUACACAAGCGUUGCAUUGCUCUAUAUGCUCAUUGGGCCAUUGAAUGCUUUUCCCUGGGUACUCAAUGGGCUGAUUGAGGCAUGGGUCUCGUUGCGUCGCGUCCAGCAGCUGAUGGAUGAACCAAAUCUGGAUUAUUCCAGCUAUUAUAAUCCCAUUAUGCGCUCAACAACAGGCGAUGACAAGGCGACUGUGCUGCAAAUGAUUGGCGCCACCUUCAUGCACGACCAGGAACAGAAGCACCAGGAGAGCGACAACAGCAGCACCACCACAACAACAACAACUACAACUGCCUCGCAGUUCCGUUUGCGUGACAUCAAUGUGAACUUUUGGGCGGGUCAACUGAUCUGCAUUGAGGGACCCGUCGGUGGUGGCAAGAGCACCUUUCUCAAGGCUAUCAUUGCCGAGCUGCGCUGUCUUGAGGGUGAGGUCUGUGUCCAGGAUCUCACCACGGGCUUUGGCUAUGUGCCGCAGACGCCGUGGCUGCAACGGGCCACCAUUCGCGACAACAUCGUUUGGGGCAGCCACUUCGAUGAGCAGUGGUACAGAACGGUUCUCCAUGCCUGCGCCCUCAACGAUGACAUCCGCCAGCUGGGCGGCGAUCUCAUUGGUGUCGGCGAGAACGGCGGCACUCUCUCCGGCGGACAGCGUGCUCGCGUCGCUUUGGCUCGUGCCGUCUACCAGGAUAAGAAGAUUUAUCUGCUGGAUGAUGUGCUCUCUGCUUUGGAUGCACACGUUUCCAAGCACAUAAUCCGUCAUUGUCUGCUCGGUUUGCUGAAGCAGAAGACACGGAUUGUGGUGACGCGAAGCACACAGCUCUUCUUCCAUGCCAAUAUGAUACUGCAUGUGCAGGAUGGCCAGAUGCGCACCAGUGACUACAUGACCGAGAGCAUUGAUCUCAGUGAGGAUGAAGAGAACGAGGAGAUGCCGAGUGAUCAGGUGCAGGCACUGAAGCGUCGCUGCUCCAUCGACCUGCUAGGGGAUAAACCUGCCAAUGAUGAGGAUAAGGCGGAACAGCACACUGAUAGUGUUCUGCAAGAGGAGUCGCGAGAAUAUGGACAUCUCGCCGGCAACGUAUUCUCCUGCUAUUGGCGUGCUGUGAGUAGUCCGCUCGCCGUGACUGUGCUGGUGUCCGUGCUGCUGAUGCAGCUGACACGGAAUCUGAGCGAUGCCUGGCUGGCCCACUGGGUAACCGAGACAACGCUCGAUGGUCAUACGAACGAUACAACGCUACAGCAUCAGCUCAUCCGACCUAGUAUGGCUGCGAAUGCUGACACACAUACCACUGGCUACUAUUUGGGCAUCUUUGCGGCAAUUGCCAUUACCAAUUCUCUGGUGACGCUCGCCCGUGCCUUUCUCUUUGCCUAUGCGGGUAUCAAGGCGGCCAUUUCCAUGCACGAGCAACUGCUCAAGCGGGUCAUGUUCGCCACGUUCAGUUUCUUCGACGUGACCGCGCUGGGUCGCAUCCAGAAUCGUUUCUCCUCGGACACGGACACCGUGGAUGAUUCGCUGCCCUUUACAUUGAACAUAUUGCUGGCCCAGCUGGUCGGUUUGGUGGGCGCAUUGUGCGUCAGCCUGUAUGCGAUGCCCUGGCUGGUGGUCAUCAUCAUUCCAAUGGUGCCCAUCUAUUUGAAUCUGCAGCAGCGUUAUCGCCAUGCCUCGCGGGAUAUUAAACGCUUGUCGAGCAAUACAAUGUCGCCGCUUUACUCGCACUUCCAGGAGACGCUGCUGGGCCUGUCGACGAUACGCAGCAUGCGGGCGAGUGCACGUUUCCAGCGUGACUUUCAGGCCAAGCUGGAGGAGAGCACCAAGGCGCAAUUGUCGGCAUCGGCGGCUCAACAGUGGCUCUCGUUGCGUCUGCAAUUGCUCGGCUGUUUGCUUGUGGGUGGCACUGGUUUUCUGGCAGCCAUAACGGCGGCGCACACAACAAAUCCUGGCCUGGUCGGACUCUGCAUCUCGUAUGCUUUGUCAAUAACCGGCCAGUUGAGUGGCCUGCUCCAUGCCGUUGCCGAAACGGAGCAGGAACUGGUCGCCGUAGAACGUGUGAAUCAGUAUCUGCAACUGGAGCCCGAGCAUAAUGCCGAGGGCAGUGCCGAGCCCCAUUUUGGCUGGCCUACCCAGGGUGUGCUCAGCUUUAGGAAUGUGCAGCUCAUCUAUCGCGAGCAUUUGUCGCCGGCACUGCGUGGCAUUAGUUUCGAGACGGAGGCAUUCGAGCGCGUUGGUAUCGUGGGACGCACUGGCGCAGGGAAGAGCUCGGUGCUGGCUGCACUGUUGCGCGUUACGCCCUUGGCCCAGGGCGAUAUCUAUCUGGAUCAGAUGAAUCUGAAGACGCUGCAGCUGAGCGUGCUGCGUGAACGUAUCGGCGUCAUCACUCAGGAGCCAUUCCUCUUCAAUGGCACCGUUCGUGAAAAUCUGGAUCCACGUCAUCAGUACUAUGAUUCGGAGAUUUGGCAUGCCAUCAAGAAUUCGGCGGCGGCGACGCUGCUCGUCCAGCAGCUGGGCGGUCUCGAUGGGCGCGUGGAGCGUGGCGGUCACAAUUUGUCUGUCGGACAGCGACAGUUGUUGUGUUUGGCGCGGGCGCUGCUCAAGAAUGCCAAGGUCGUUUGCAUUGAUGAGGGCACCUCGUCGCUGGACGAUGAGUCCGAUCUGUGCAUGCAGCAGGCAUUGCGCAACGCCUUCAAAAGUUGCACCCUAAUCUUUAUUGCACAUCGGCUGCGCGGCUUGCAGGCCAUGGAUCGCAUAAUUGUGCUGGACGAUGGCCGGAUUUGUGAGCAAGGCAAACCGCAGGAAUUGGCCAACGAUGCGGACUCUGUAUUCCAUGGCAUGCUGCGGGCGCAGGACAUCAGUGUGCAGGACUUUGCUAGCAUCGAUUAAGAAAACAUUGUGUAUAGGAUGGAUUUUGCAUCUGGCGUAUUUAUUGCUUUACAAUCGUUAAUGUGUAUAUUUAGUUGUUAGUUUUUAUGUUUAUAUGUCCAAAAAAAAAAUAUAAUACACGAUUUUAUAUGCGACAAAUCGA